AUGGAGAUUUGGACAGUCUAUGUCACGUAUUGUUCUGGAAGCAGUGCGCAUAAGCUGUACCAGGAGGGCGAGGUGGUGGCGGUGGGCCCCGGGGAGGCGCAGACAGAGGGUCAGGUGCGCUGUCUCUCUGCUAUGCUUUCGCAGCGCGUGCAGGCCAUUGCAGAGACGGGCGUGAUGGUGCCCAUGACGGUUGAAGUCGGCGAGAAGGUCUUGUACAGCAAGUAUGGGGCAUCCGAGACCAUUGAAUGCAGUGGGGAUGAUCAUAUCCUGGUCAGAGAAGACGAUGUCCUGCUGAAGUACAAAGGUGAUGAGCCUUCGCUGGAGCAAGUCUCCAUGCCUCGGGGCAAGGUUCUAGUCCAGCUUCUGGCCAAGGAGGAGGCCUGA